CACUCUAUAAAUACUCCAGUCGGUUACCACCACCGAUUCAAUAAAAUCUACGGCAAUGGAGACUCCAAGUGGCACCAUCAUCUUCACCACCGUUGGUCGAACUCACUACGGCUUCGACGUCUUCUCUCUCCACAUCAACUCCGCCGUUGAGCGCCGUUUAACAGACGGCGUUUCCGUUAACUUCAACGCUCAGUUCGCCAACGAUAACGGCGAUGUGGUCUUCGUCUCGGAACGAGCCGGGUCUGCCCGGAUUUUUAGAACCCGACCCGGAGAUUCAAAGCCCGAGCAGCUCCCCGGAGCUCCGCAAAGCUUCUUCCACGACCGUCCAGUCAUUACUCAAAACAACAGACUUUAUUUCAUCUCCGCUCACGAGCAGCCUGAUCGUCAUUUCAAGAAUUGGUCCGCGCUUUACUCCGUGAAGCUCGACGGCGAAGAGAGAGAAGUAACACGUGUCACUCCACUAGACACCGCCGAUUUUAGCCCGGCGGUUUCUCAAUCGGGAGAGCUUUUGACCGUCGCGUCGUACGGAUCUCGCUCUUGCGGUGAGUUUCACGAGAUCAACACUGAUAUCGGUUUCAAAGCAUCUGAGCCGGAGACGAGAGUGGUGAUUUGCGAACACGGCGGAUGGCCGACUUGGUCCGGCGCCACCGUUUUCUUUCACCACAAAGCAGAUGACUGGUUGAUGAGCAUUUCCGGGUAAGAUAUACCCAGAAAAUUUUGAGGUGAAUUCCUUUUCCGAUCGAACCCGAUCAGAGUCACUCCUCCUGGUCUCCAUUGCUUCACUCCUGCAGCUUUCCACGACGGGAAACGAAUCGCCGUCGCAACUCGUCGUCGCGGAGUCAAACACCGCCACAUCGAGAUUUUCGACAUUGAACGCAAAACGUUUCAGGCGGUUACCGAGCCACUCAAUCCGAGUUUCCACCAUUACAGCCCCUUCGUGUCUUCUGAUUCCGAGUUCCUCGGCUACCACCGAUUCCGAGGCGAGUCGACUCAGGGCGAGUCCACCGUUCCGAACCUGGAAUCGAUCGUGUCACCGAUCAAAACCCUCCGCUUGCUCAGAUUAAACGGAUCGUUUCCAUCAUCAUCUCCUGACGGUGAUCUGAUCGCGUUGAAUUCCGAUUUCGACGUCAACGGUGGCAUCAAAGUCGCCAAAUCUGACGGCUCUAAACGAUGGACGUUGAUCAAAGACCGUACAGCCUUCUACAACUCGUGGAGUCCAACGGAGCGUCAUGUCAUCUACGCAUCUCUCGGUCCAAUUUUCCGGCCGGCGGGAAUCGCCGUUCAGAUUGCUCGGAUCAAGUUUGAUCCGUCGGAUCUCACCGCCGAUAAAGAAGAGCUUCCAUGUGAAGUGAAGUAUCUCACUCUAGAUAACACCGGGAAUAACGCCUUCCCGUCUUGCUCUCCCGACGGUAAAUCCGUCGUGUUUAGAUCUGGCCGAUCAGGUCAUAAGAACCUCUACGUCGUUGAUGCCGUUAACGGAGAAUCUGACGGUAUACGACGGUUAACGGAUGGGCCAUGGAUCGACACUAUGCCUUGCUGGUCUCCGAAAGGAGAUCUCAUCGGUUUCUCAUCUAAUCGGCAUAAUCCGGCGAACACCGAAGCGUUCGGCGUUUACGUGGUGAGGCCUGACGGUUCUGGUUUGAGGAGGAUCCAAGUUGCGGGACCGGAAGGAUCGGAAGAAGCGGCGAGGGAGAGGGUUAAUCACGUGAGUUUCAACAAGGACGGUGACUGGCUGGUUUUUACGGCGAACCUUGGUGGAGUUAUGGCGGAGCCGGUGGCGAUGCCGAAUCAAUUUCAGCCGUACGGGGAGUUGUACGUUGUGAAGUUGGACGGGACGGGGUUGAGGAGGCUGACGUGGAAUGGGUAUGAAAAUGGAACUCCCACGUGGCAUACAGUGGAUGAUGUAGAUUUGAGUCAGUUGAGUCUGAACGGUCAAGAUGGAGACAAGCUUGAGGGUCAGUUUGAGGAGCCGUUGUGGAUUUCUUGCGAUAUCUGAAUAUUCUCUGUAAUGUUUAAUUAAUAUCGGUAGAUAAAAUAAUAUAUGUAA